AUGUUGUCUUUAAAACGGGAGCUUAUUGAUCAGCAAGCUAUGUUUACAAAACCCAUUCAAGAUUCAGAAACAGCUACAGAAAUUAGUUAUGAAAUUUUUCGAAUGAUAGCAAAGCGAAGUCGCUCCUUCAAUGAUGGGAAUUUUGUAAAAGAAUGCAUAGAAAUUGCCGCUAAGAAAAUGUGUCCAGAAGCAGCAAAAAAGUUUGAGAAAAUUCAAGUGAAUCGUAUGACUAUCCAAAGACGAAUUAUGUCUUUGUCAGGUAAUAUUGCCGAACAAUUAAAUGAAAAAACUAAGAUCAUUGAAUUUUUUUUAUUAGCACUCGACGAAUCCACUGAUAUUAGUUCCACAGCUCAACUUCUGAUAUUCAUACGAGGUGUUACUCAAGAUUUUGAAGUCUUAGAAGAGUUAUUAGGAAUGUGUUCAUUGAAAGGUCAAACCAGAGGAGUUGAUAUACUCAAUGUACUUUUGGAUGAGUGUUCAAAAACUGAUUUGGACUUAUCAAAAUUAUCGGGAGUUGCGACUGACGGUGCUCCUUCGAUGAUUGGUGUCAAUUCUGGGCUAGUUACUUUGCUGAAAAAGGAUCUGCAAGAAGAAAACAUAAGCGCUGAAGAUCUCAUGCAGUUUCACUGCAUUAUACACCAAGAAGCCCUCUGUUCUAAAAAAAUUGAAUUUCAAAAUGUCAUGAAAGUGGUAGUUUCGACUGUAAAUUUCAUAAAAUCACGAGGACUCAAUUACAGGCAAUUCAAACAAUUCCUUGAUGACAUCGAAAGCGAAUAUGGAGAUUUACUGUAUUAUACAGAAGUAAGGUGGCUAAGUCGUGGAUUGACACUGGAACGAUUUCUAAACUUAAUAGAAGAAAUUGGAAUAUUUCUGGCGGAAAAGCAAAGAGAUGUCCCGGAACUUAAAAAUCCUGAUUGGUUGUGUGAUUUGGCUUUUUUAGUUGAUAUUGCAAAUCAUUUGAAUGUCUUGAACACACGGCUUCAAGGCAAAAAUGAACUGAUAUCCCAGCUCUACGCUCAUGAUGAUACAUCCUUUCAAUGCAAGCUGACACUUUUCAGAUCGCAAUUGAAUUCUGGAAAUUACAAUCAUUUUCCGAAUUAUAAUAAAAUGUCUGAAAAAUUCAACAAAACUGCGAUUAAUUUCAGUUAUGUAGAAAAGCUAGAUAUUUUGAUUCAAUCUUUUCAGGACAGAUUUUCGGAGUUUAAAAAAGUGAAACCUCUGUUGGACAUAUUCAGCAAUCCUUUCACGAUUUCAGUUGAAAUGGGCCAGAGUCAAUGCAGUUAG